UCCACCACUGGGAGACACUCGGCGCAAGUCAGAAAUAUACUGGACAGGGUGCCAAUCCGCCCAGCCAAUGUAGAUGCCCAUCCAAUAGCAUCGCUGAGAUUCGAACCCAGAGUGCACCAUGCCUAGCUCCCUGCUGUGGGCCGUAGACGUAUAUGGGAGGGUUUAUAGUCUGUCAACAGCAGGGCAGCAGUGGGAGCAGUGUCGUGAUGCCCACUUGGAGUUCAAGCGUGUCACGGCUGCAAGCCAGUGCUGCUGGGGCAUCGCUUGUGAUCACAACAUCUACCUGUACGUCCAUGCCAGUGAGGUUCCCAUCCGCUACCGUGAGGAGACCUAUGAAAAUCAGCGAUGGAAUCCUGUAGACGGUUUCUCGGACCGCCUGUUGCCUAGUGAUCGUUGGCAGUGGAGUGACGUGACAGGGCUGCAGCAUCAGCCGCUGGAAGGUUUUCAGCUUCCGUCUGAAAAUUGGGAGUGGGAGGCUGACUGGUAUGUGGACGAGAACUUUGGAGGGGAUCCCACAGAGAGAGGGGGUUGGACAUACGCUAUUGAUUUUCCGGCCACCUACACCAAAGACAAGAAAUGGAACUCUUGUGUACGUCGCCGCAGAUGGAUGCGCUACCGGAGGUACAAGUCACAGGACACCUGGGCUAAGAUCCCCUCAGAGCAGACAGCUUCUCUUCCUGACCCAUUUAAUGACAUAAGCUGUGGUGGCUGGGAGAUCACUGAGGAGCCACUGGGGCAGAUCUCACUGUGGGCUGCUUCUCUUCAAGGAAAGGUUUGGUUCCGAAAUGGCAUCAACCACUAUGAUCCAGAGGGCUCAGUAUGGGAGGAGGUGGAAACACCAGGAGAGGUUGUGCAGAUAAGCUGUGGGACAUCUGAUCUGCUCUGGGCAGUACUCUGGGAAGGCCAGCUGCUGGUCAGAGAGGGCAUUAGCAGAGAUUGCCCUAAGGGCUCCUCGUGGGUAGUGGUUGAUUCACCGAGUCCAGGAGUUGGAGCUAUUCAUGUAGCGGUGGGAGUCAAUGUUGUUUGGGCUGUGACAAAGGAUAAUAAAGUUUGGUUUAGGCGGGGAGUGAACUCCCACAAUCCCUGUGGCUCAGGCUGGAUUGGGAUGGUGGGGGAAAUGCUGAUGAUCAAUGUGGGCCUCAAUGACCAGGUGUGGGGCGUUGGCUGUGAGGACCGGGCGGUAUAUUUUCGUCAAGGUGUAACUGUCAGUGAGCUGAGUGGGAAGGCCUGGAAGGCUGUGUCUGUACCCAGAGACACUGAGCGCUCUAACUCCAGCGCCAGUGCCAGCAGCCUGCAGAGUGCCGGUUGUUUUUUUGGUGGCGAGGUCCGUCUGCAGUCACAGGCCUCCGUCCUGAGUGACGCAGACUCUGAAGCAGAGAAACCAGCGGACGGAAAAGCUCCCCCUGUCGAGUCUGAAAACCCACCUAAACGACAAAUCCCCAAAGUGACCAGUGACAGCUUCAUUUCAGAGCUGGUGUCUGACCGAGAGGGUCAAAUUGCAUGGCGUGAGCCCCCACCGAACACGUCCAUCCUGGAGGAGGAGAGUGUGGAAUCAGAUGUGGAGGGGAAAGACAAGGCUACCCCAGCCCUGUUGGUUUCCCCUAGCCAGUCUGGCCAGCUCGACCCGCAGUGGAGCAAUGUGGACUUGGAGGAGGCCCAGACUCACCUGACUGUUCGGACCGGAAGGGAUGCAGCUGACACCUCCAGCUUAUCGUCCAUAGCCACCUUCAACCUGGGUGUGGAGGAGCCAUAUGGGCCAGAUGAGCACCCACUGUGGGCCUGGGUUAGUGGAGGAGGCUGCUCUGUCGACUCCCACUCCCAGCUUAACUGGUUUAAUGCCCCAGGCCUGAUCAACUCUAUGCAGGCCAUGUCGCUGUCCAUCACACCAGCACAGACAGCAACUUGGCACAAACAAAUCUUAGAGCAGCUCAGUGAGAGGUCCAAAAGAGAGAUGGAGAACUUCAGGCAUUAUGAGCAAGCCAUCGAACAGUCUGUGUGGGUGAAGAAGGGCACCAUGCAGUGGUGGAGGGACUGGAAGCCUCACAAGUGGGUGGAUGUGCAGUUUGCGCUGGAGCAGUUUUCUGGAACCGACGGCAACAAGGAUGGCAUUCUUUUCAUAUAUUAUACCUUUAAUGAGGAGAAGAAGUAUCUUCAUGCAUUUGUUAAUGAAGUCACCAUCCUGGUGCCAGUGCUGAAUGAGUCUAAGCACACAUUUGCCAUCUACACAGCGGAAAGGACCAAGCAGAGGUGGCCCAUCCGCUUGGCAGCUGCCACCGAGCUGGAGAUGCAUGACUGGCUGGCUCUGCUCAGUGUGUCCUGCUGCGACUCCCGAGGUAUCCAGGGUCCACCUUCCAAACAGGCCAUCUGGUCCAUCACCUGCAAAGGAGACAUAUUCGUCAGUGAACCCACGCCAGGCUUAGAGGCUUCACCUUACCCGACACCCUGUGACCAAAUGUUCUGGCGCCAGGUUGGAGGGCAUCUGCGUAUUAUUGAAUGCAAUAGUCUGGGAGUGGUGUGGGGAAUCGGUUAUGAUCACACAGCCUGGGUCUACACAGGGGGCUAUGGAGGAGGCUUCUUUCAGGGCCUUGCCAGCAGCACUGAUAAUAUCUACACACAGACUGAUGUGAAGAGUGUGUAUAUAUAUGAGAACCAACGGUGGAAUCCUGUUACUGGCUAUACAAACAGGGGUCUCCCUACUGAUCGUUACAUGUGGAGUGAUGCAUCAGGCCUCCAUGAGUGUACCAAGACUAACACUAAACCCCCCUCUCCACACUGGACAUGGGUAUCAGACUGGGCUGUUGACUACAGCGUACCUGAAGGAACAGACAGAGAGGGCUGGCAGUAUGCAGCUGAUUUUCCUGCGUCAUACCACGGUCAUAAAACCUUAAAAGACUUCGUCCGGCGCAGGCGUUGGGCUAGAAAAUGUAAACUCACUACGACUGGUCCGUGGCAGGAAGUUCCACCCAUCUCUCUAAGCGAUGUCACAAUUUGGCCAUGCGGGCCAAAGACCACUGUGGAGCAGGUGCUCUUAUGGGCCAUCAGCAAAAAGGGAGACGUGCUCUGUCGUCUGGGAGUCACCUCUCUCACUCCUGCUGGAUCUUCAUGGCUCCAUGUGGGAACAGAUCAGCCCUUCAAGUCCAUUUCUAUUGGAGGGGUGUAUCAGGUGUGGGCGAUUGCCAAAGAUGGUUCAGCGUUCUACAGGGGAUCUGUGUCACCUCAAAACCCUGCAGGUGACUGCUGGUACCAUAUCCCCUCCCCAGCCAUGCAAAAGCUCAAACAGGUGUCAGUGGGCAGGACAUCAGUCUAUGCUGUGGAUGAAAAUGGAAACCUGUGGUAUCGCCAUGGGGUAACGCCCAGUUACCCUCAAGGUUCAUCGUGGGAGCAUAUUUCAAAUAAUGUGCGCAAAGUGUCUGUGGGGCCUCUGGAUCAGGUGUGGGUCAUUGCUGAUAAGGUGCAGGGCAGCCACAGUCUGAGCUGUGGGACGGUUUGUCGCAGGCUAGGUGUGCAGCCCCUGGAGCCCAGAGGACAGUCUUGGGAUUAUGGCAUUGGGGGUGGUUGGGAGCACAUCAGCGUCAGAGGCAACGCUCUGGAGGCUCCACGCAUCUGCAUGCCAUCACUGACCGACAGCGGGUACAGUGGUAUACCUCGACGUGGCUCGCAGCAGCCAGAAAUCAACGGCAAUGCUGUAGGAUGUUAGCAACACGACACCUGUUCCACCUGUUUUCCAACUGAUUUCCACCUGACCUACUGCAUAUUAAGCCUAAAGCCAUUCCUAAUCUCAACCCUCACUUUGGUGUAGCCCCUGUUCCACAUCCUUCCAGCCCUUCAGACUGCAGUCACAUGGUUAGAUAAUUUCCAUAAAAAUUGAAGUAGUUAGUAAUGUAUUGUUAUUUUACGUAUUGUUUUUACGUAGUAGUUUUGUUUGAAAAGGGCGGUUCUCAACUUUCUUAUUGAAUGGGCUGCAACAGUGGCCAACAGCCAGUCACCCAGCUGAACACACGCAUCAACAUUUAGGAAUAAUAGCCGUGUGGGCUGCACCUUUUUGUCCAGAAGCUACAGAUUGAGAACUCCUGGUUGGAAGGUCUUAAAUUAUUAGUUGUUUUAUCUGUCUGUAGUGAUGCGAGUUAUUUUGUUUAUCUGAUUUCAGUAGCAGUGUAUUCGGGACAGAAGGUCAGAGCUUGGUGUAGGCUAACUACUGCUCUGCACACGUUCCUCUCAAAAUCUAACAAACAAAGCGUGCUAUCACACACAGUUACAGACUGUUACACAGACGGGGUCAUUCAAACAAAACUAAACUAAAAAGGUGAGGCUAACAGCAUUAGCUAGGAACAUGUUUCCCUUUCACUGGCUGCUAACAUUAGAUUCCUUCCCUACUGAGCACAAUGACCUGCUGACUUGUAGUAACACAAACAGUCUGAAGCUAUAAAUGUGAAGAGUGUGUGUGUGCAUCAGAGUAAUGCCAUGAAGACGUGUGUUUCUCAGGAGGUGUAUGCAUGCUUUAGAGAAGAAUGUUACCGACUAGGGGAAAAGAGAUAUAAUGCAGAAGUACAGAACACAUCUUAACCCUUUGAUGCACAAGCUAAGCAAACCCCUUCUAAUGCACAACAUGGGUCAAAAAUGACCCAUAUUCAUCCAUUCAAGAAUAUUUUCAUAUGCACAUUUGUCAGUUAUUCAUGUAUUUGCUGUCUUAGCUAAUAAAAGCUAUCUCUUCUAGAAUAUGUAAACAGCUAGCAAGCAAAUAGUAUUGGGCAUAUUCAAGAUUCAAGAGCCUAAUCUUUGGUUGUCUUUCAAAAGAUCAGUAAAUAUGUUUUUGACUACAAACACUUACAAAUGUCAGUAGUUUCUGUCAAAUUCCAUAGUAAAUACAUAAUGGUCAUUUUUGACCCAUGUUGUGCAUUAGAAGGGUAGUGAUACAAAAAUGAUUUUUAUUAAAAAAGCAAAAAAUAUAAAACUGAAAUAAGGAUUUGUGAUGAUCAAAAACAAGUUAAUUGAAAAAUUCAUGGAAGCUUGAAUGACGAAAUUAAUUUAUUGCAAAGAUAUAGAAAAUAAAAACUCAGUUGGGUCACUUUUGACCCAGGUUGUGCAUCAAAGGGUUAAAGAUACUUUUCACCAUUUAAUGAAUGAAAGCCUUUAUUUGUCAUAAAUACAUAUACACAUGUACAGUACAAUGAAAUUCUUUCUUUCGCAUAUCCUAGCUUGUUUGGAAGUUGGGGUCAGAGCGCAGGGUCAGCCAUUGUACUGCGCCCCUGGAGCUGAGAGGGUUAAAAGCCUUGCUCAAGGGCCCAACAGUGGCUGCAUGGCAGAACUUCUCAACCUUUCAGUUGAUAGCCCAAAGCUCUACCCACUAGGCUAUCACCGUCCCAUUUAUGCAGAUCUGGACAUGAUUCUGGGUUAAAUGGGCAGACGAAAGUAGCGUGGUGCUGCACAGUCAUAGUUGUUUGGAUUGUUCUCCCUUACUGUGCACAUAUUUUCUUUUUCAUGGACUGCUGUUAAUCUGACACCAAGCUACUGCACUGUUGAAACUACUGUGUUAUGAUAGAUACUGUGACCGUAAGAUCCUGUGCUAAGAGGAUUUUAUCCAUGUGUAUGGUCUCACUGGAAAAACUAGGUAAACUUUUAUACAUAAGACCAAUUUAAAAGGUAAGAAAGUGUGUCAACUGUUUGCUGAAAACGUUUAUUGUAAUACAUUCAGUUGGCAUAUCUAUCCAUCCUUUUGGUAGCGGUUUUUGACAACACACGUGCAAUUCUUAGCAUUACACAAUGAUAAAGAAGUUUAUUUUCUCAGGAAUCCCAAAGAUCCCAGUGGAUUUUCAGCACGUACAAAUACAGAUGAACUAUUAAUAUUUACAAAGGCAGCACAAUGAGAGUAUAAGGGAUAUUUAUUUUAAUUAAAGUUGCAUUAUGGCAGUGCCAUUGUAUGAUUGUACACUUUUAUGGUAGUAUGUAAAACAUUAUUGUAAAUUGAAGCAGGGUUUCUCAACCAAAGGCCCACGACUACAAAUAGUCACCACAAGUAGUAGCCUACACUCAGGCGAAGUCAUUGGGCUAACUUUAAAAUUACUGAUGGCAAUUUCAUUACAAUUAAAACGAAAGAAUUUAAUUUGCUGUUAAUAAAUGCAAAUAUCAUAAAAGUACAUAUGAUAGUCUUCUGCAAAUACAACCUUAAGGUUGUGGUUUAACUUUCAAGUAUGACUCCAAAAUAACAGUUCCAAACACAUCCUGUAGAAAAGCUACUUAAUUCCUGGUACGUGCUGGUAUGUUUGCUUGACAUGGGUACCUUUUGUUUUUUGGUUUUAUUUAAUAUCAGUAUAAAUGUUAUUUUCAUUUUAAAUAGAUUAUUUAUUAUUAUUUGGUAUGAGGUCUUAUUUUAAAUAUCUCAAGUACUUGGCAAAUGAAGGGAUGAAAAACAUGAGUUUUUGUACAGUGGGCCUAAUGUUGACUAGUUUGAGAAACCCUGUAUUUAGGCAUGAUUUUGGGGCAUUACCUAUAGCUAAGUGAGUAUAAAUAAAAAUUAUAUAUAUGUACACAUACAUGGAGAUAGAUUAAAAAAAAAAAAGUGAAAACUUUGGAUGGGAAAAAAAUAGUUUGUAUAGUUGUGCACUAUAUUUCAGUUGUCAUUCCAUAGUGAGAUGUGUGAUGGCAAAGGUUUUUAAAGGAAAGGUUUCCCAGGGUUGUACCAUGAAAUAAAAAAAACAUACAAAACUGUAAUAAUUACAGAUAUUAUAAUAACUUGUUGUCAGUGUUCAUGUAUGCAUGAUGUCCUUUCAAUAAACGUGACCA